ACUUCUAUAAGCGUCAAAUCUCCCCCCAUACACAUCCGUCUCUAUAUUUAGCACACAAAAAACAGAGCAGACACAACUAGAGAAAAGAGAUAACGAAAAAAAGCGAGAGAGGCAGCCAGCCCUGUGGUUAACACCGGCCCCGUACUGAACCACACCUCCUCCCCCCUGAUUGGGUCCCACAUUCCGAUGAGAGAUUCCUCAUAGAAGAUCCACAUAUUCCAAUAACAACUCCAACCCUACGUUUCGUUCUCACACCCUUUUAAGCCCUUCCCCUCAUUUGCCUUCCCAUUUUGUAUCUCCAACAAGCUAGCUUCUACUUCUCGUGUUUCUCGUGUUAUUUGGGUGAUCUGGGUUUCUCUUUGUUUCGUGUGUUGUUGCUGUUUUGUGUCAAAGAUUUGGUCUUGGGUUGAUUUGGGGAUCUGGGUCGGUGUACUGCUGUCAAUGGGCGCUUUGGAUGAGGGUCAUUUCUGUUCGGAACUUGAGAAUGGUUGUAUUGAGCUGAGUGUUGAUGAUGAACCUGAGAGCAGAGCUAUUGAGGAUGCUGUCAGAGUUCUCAUGCAGGGUCUUGGGGAGGAUGUGAACAGAGAAGGUCUGAAGAAGACACCUCUUCGUGUUGCCAAGGCCCUUAGAGAAGGGACAAAGGGUUAUAGACAAAAGGUCAAGGAAAUUGUGCAAGGUGCUUUAUUCCCUGAAGCUGGCCUGGAUAAUGCAGUUGGCCACGCUGGAGGAGCUGGUGGACUUGUGGUUGUUCGAGAUCUGGAUCUCUUCUCCUAUUGCGAAUCUUGUCUGUUACCAUUCCAGGUUAAAUGUCAUGUGGGUUAUGUCCCUUCAGGUCAACGGGUUGUAGGCUUAAGCAAACUCUCUCGAGUAGCGGACGUGUUUGGCAAACGUUUGCAAGAGCCUCAGCGUCUUGCAGAUGAAGUAUGUUCAGCCCUGCACUCUGGCAUUAAACCAGCUGGUGUUGCCGUCAUUCUCCAGUGUUCACACAUUCAUUUCCCAAAUUUAGAAUCAGCUUUUCUCGACUCAAACCACCAAGGAUGGGUAAAAUUGCUGGUCAGUUCAGGUUCCGGAGCUUUUGAAAAUGAAAGUGCCGAUAUUUGGGCAGAUUUCUUGAGUCUUCUGAAAUUUAGGGGCAUAGAUGUGCAGAAGACUUGCUCGAGAGACUCGAGCACUUGGUGUCCAUCUCGAUCUUUAGGCAGUGGUAAUGCUGUCUCUAAGAUCGAAUCAACCAAUCAGGGAAUGACUACUGCUGUAGCUUCAAUUCUUAGAUCACUGGGUGAAGAUCCAUUAAGAAAGGAGCUUGUAGGAACACCCGCUCGUUUUGUGAAGUGGUUGAUGAACUUCCAGAAUUGUAAUUUGGAUAUGAAGCUGAAUGGGUUUGUUUCUGCUAGGGUGGAUCCUUUACAUCCCAAUGGAGAUAGCUCCAAAGGAACGCAAAUCCAAUCUGAGUUGAACUUGUCUUUGUGGUCUCAGUGUGAGCAUCAUUUGCUUCCCUUUUAUGGUGUCGUGCAUAUAGGAUAUAUGUGCACGGAAGGAUCUAUUCCCAUUGGAAAGUCUCUUCUACAAUCGAUUGUGUGUUUCUACGGUUUUAAGCUCCAGGUGCAGGAAAGACUCACACGGCAGAUAGCAGAAACUGUAUCAUCACUUUCAGGUGGAGAUGUGAUAGUUGUUGUGGAGGCUAACCAUACCUGUAUGAUCUCUAGAGGGAUUGAGAAGUUUGGAAGUAGCACAGCUACAAUCGCAGUACUGGGUAGUUUUUCAACAGACUCUGCCGCAAGGGCCAAGUUUUUGCAGAGCCUCCCAAACAAUGCCAUUGCAGGACCGUGAUCCUAAUUCAUCUUUAAAUAUCAAUUCAUUUCAACUCAGUUCAUGUCCUGGUCGUUUCUGCUGCUCAGCCAUAAGUUUAUAUGAUAUUUUUAAAGGAUGACCUGUAGCCAAUCGAAGUCUAGUUCAUUUUUGGGUUUUGGUAUGGAAGUUUACACCUAACUAUCCGAAUGCCCGUGGUCUCAUAACACAGGAUCCUAAAGUUUUGUUUUGUUUUGUUUCAACUAUUAUAUGUAGCAUUAUACCCUUGCAAGAUUCCAAGGCUCGUCUUUGCUUCAGAGAUUGUUUCCAUGUCCUUCACUGGAAUACAAAUGAUAUUGAUUGUACCAAUUAUACUUUUAUAUCUUCAAUUGUCGACCAUGGAAGGUCCUAUCUGGCA